CGCGAGAGGCCAUAACAGCUCCAGUGCUUCCUUUGGAUCCGAAAUUUGCAUCAGAGACUUCCAUCAAGCCGUCAUUUCUUCUAGUUUUCCAGUGUCGAUCGCCGCCGCCGGAGGGUGAUAAUGGCCACCUUCGCCACCACUCCUCCACCGUUAGGUCCGACGUCUCAAGCCCUAAAAUUGGAGGCUCUUGCUCGCAUAGACAUCACCACCCUCUCACAGUCCGAGCUCCAAGUGCUCUCUCUCUGCUCACCCUCGGCCUUCGACCUCCGCUCUACCACGGACCUCGUUUUCCCCAAAGUCGACCGUUCACUCUUCAAUGAGAGUGCUGGCACACGCCGCCAGACCUACUCUCGGCCCCGCAAACCCCUUUCCCCUUCUGACUCCCCCACCGGCCACCGCCGCCGCGUCGCCGGUCUUCUUCCCACUCCAAAGCUCCCACCUCUCCCCGAUGACGACCCGGAAAACUUAGAAAACCGCAAAAUUAUAGAUUACUUGAAGCAAUUGAUCAGGGAAGACCCUAAAUUCGAUCAAGUGGAGCUUGCCCCACCUGCUGCCGCCCCCGAAUUUGUACCCAAUUGUGAAUUAAGGGUCGGGAUGGUUGAGAGCGAGGAUGUGGGGCUGAUGAAAUUAGGUGGGGAACGUAAAAGGAAGAGGGGGAGGAAGCCGAAAGUGAAGGUGCAUUUGAAGGAGUGCUAUAGAGAGAUGGAGAUAGUGAACAAGGGUGGCGUCGCGAUUGAUCUUUCUGCUUUGGCGAGUACACAGGAUCCCUUUUCUGAGGAGUUGAGGAGAAGGACUGAGGGGUUGCAGAGUGAAGAAGAGCUAUUGGGUUUUUUGAGGGAUUUGGGGGGACAAUGGGGAAGUAGGAGGAAGAAGAGGAAGAUUGUGGAUGCCGGAGAUUUUGGGGAUGUACUGCCUCUUGGUUGGAAGCUUCUAUUGGGUUUGAAGAGAAAAGAUGGUCGCGCGUGGAUUUAUUGCCGCAGAUACAUCAGUCCUAGUGGAGAACAAUUUGUGUCUUGCAAAGAAGUUUCUUCAUAUCUUCAAACCCUUUUUGGUCACAAUGAUGCCCAGUUACCAAUCAAUCGUAGGGGUGAAAAUAUGCUGAUGGACAACAGGGUGGCUACUCAGAGUGGUGCAGGUAAUACCCACGAGGAUCAGGAUAAAAGGAUGGUCAUUGCAAAUGACUCAAUUCCACCCAUUUCUUCUGAAUGUAAUGAACGUUUGAAGGAAGUAGCCUUAUUGGGAAUCGAUAAUCUUGAAGAAGUGCAAAUACAUGAUCUGUUUGAAUGUCACAAAUGUAACAUGACCUUUGAUGAGAAGGAUUCAUACUUGCAGCACCUUUUGUCUUUCCACCAAAGGACAACGAGGCGCUAUCGACUUGGUUCUUCUGUUGGAGAUGGAGUUAUAAUCAAAGAUGGAAAAUUUGAGUGCCAGUUCUGCCAUAAGGUGUUUCUUGAAAGGCGUCGCUACAAUGGACAUGUGGGGAUCCAUGUUAGGAACUAUGUGAGGAAAGUUGAAGAAUCACCAGGUCAGGUAAAUGUUCAAAGGAGAGAUAAGUCUCCAGUCAAGGAGGAUUUGCCCUCAAGGAUCUCUAAGAUGGAUGCUUUAAUUGAAAUUGCUCAGAACUCUAUUAUGGAGAAUUCUGCUAUUGAACCGCAUGGUAAUCAUGCUUCCUCUCCUGAUAAACUGAAUGUAAUUUCUACUACAGAAAUUACUGUUGGUAACCUUGACCAUGAAAAAUUUUUUGAGUCUCCUGUCAGUGAACAGCAAAUGGAAGACAGCUUCACUGGCAAAAAUGUGGAUCACAAUUUAUAUCACCAAGAUGGUAAACUUGCAGCCAUGGAUGAAGAAGUGGAGAACAAUGAUGGUGGUAACGAAUUUAUAGAUUCUAAGACAGAUACCUGUGUAGAUCUCAUGGGUUUAUCGACUGUAAAUGAGCAAAAUGUUGAUGAAUUUGAGAGUUCAAAGAUAAAAGAUGAUGUGGUAUUGACUUUUGAUGGUUUAGGUCAGUCUAGUGUUGAUUUGGAAGGAGUUUCACAAAGCCCUUUACUUCCUUUUUCUGGCAGUUGUGUAAUUCCUGAAGUUGAAAAUAAUAGAAAUUCCAGUGGCACUAAUACUGUGGAGCAACUUAACCAUGAAGACAGCAGAAGUAAGAGCGAGCUCAAAAUUGGAUUAGAUGACACAAUAGAUGCAUCUAUUAUGUCUAAAAUCCAAGAGACGGCAUUGCCAACUUCUGAUGAGAAUACAGUUUCAUCUGAGGUUCCAAACCCAUCUAUGUCCAUGGUACAAUCUUUGGAUUGCUUUUCCCAUCUCACUGGACUCUCAGAUAAGGAAGACGACUUUUUAGGUGGUUGCCGGGGGCUGGGGUGUGGGGAAGUAAGGAUGCUUCCAUAACACUGUGCCCUGCCACCAGCUUCAAACAGUUUUCUACCUUCUAACAGAUAAGUUAUGAUCACAUGCUUAUGUACUAAAAACUAGUGGAUGCCUUAUAUAUCCUAUCAUGCCCCAUUUCUGGCAUGCUAAGAGAAUUAACAUUAGGAUAUCUUGUAUCAUUAGUACCGAGUUCUAAUCCAAUGCAACAAUUAUUUACUUUCUGUACCCAACCAUGAUACGCCAAUUCUGCCUUGGUAGUGCUGAUCCUACCUUGUAAAAUUAUAUUGUUGUUAUGGCUCAUUGACAGGAGGAAAACCAAUCUUGCAGCGUUGACCACAAACAUGAUUAUGUGGAUGGGUCUUAGGAAUUGAGGUUGGAUGAUGAAAUAGAAACUUCAAAGUGUGAAUUUGCAAAUGUUCAACCUUCUCUUUCUCUGCCUCAGGUGCCAACAGGUUUGGCAAACAAUACAAAGAUGGAAGAAGGGGCACAUGCUUCCUCCGUUCAGCUUGAAUCUUUAGAAGCAGGCAGACAUCAGAUUACAACUGUGUGUGUAUGGUGUGGUGUAGAGUUUAAUUAUGAUGCUGUU